CCCGCUUCUCCAGUCGUCGACCACUGCUCAAGACAGUAGCGGAGAAGCUCAAACCAAAGCCAAUCGGUAGGGGAUGGGCAAAAGGUGUGAUGGAGUCGUCAUAUGUGAAACGUGAGAGGUGCACUCUGAGUCUCCCUGCCAAGAAGGACGCGAUGAGCUGAUGCGCAGUUUGCUUCCUAACGACGCGAAACGCGACCAGAGGCCAACGUGUGAGUGCGAGAGCCGAUGAAUUGCCUGCGCGGUGCAAGUGACUGACUCGAUGCUUCAAUGAAUGUUGUUUUUACGACCCGGCAGCGGCGGCAUGCUUCUCACGACGCUAGCGAUUCCCUUGUACGCAACCGCCAACUCGAUCAACUCCACCAAACUUCCUCAUCGCAGACGAAGCCUGCUGGAGGCAUCCACACCGAAGCGACGCGCAGCGCCUCCAAAUCGCGGCACCGUAGCAUCUGAUCGGGAGCACCGCCGUCCUGUGGGCGCCGGCAGAUUAGCUCCUCGCGGCUUGGAAGGGCUAGGUCGCCUGGCUGGCGAGGUAUCGGGGCUUGAGAAAGCAAAGGGGGCAGCGCAAGCAGGUCUCAGAUCCAACAAGCGACUUCGAGAGGUGUGGGAGAGCGAAGCGUCGCCGAGCAGCACGUUAUCCGAUCGACCGGGCACGCCGCACAUCGCUUCUCGUCCAGGAGCCUCCAGCAAGGAGAGGACGACGAAAGCUUCGGCGCCGAAUCUUGGCGCAUCUCGAAUCAAGCCCACGAAUCAGGGUCGUCCACGCCUUGCUAGAAGUGUGAGCGGCAAGUCGGAUAUCUGGGGUGUAGGAUCGACGCCAAGAGGUAAGAAGGCGCGUGGAGGGGGAGGUCGAAAUGCGGAUUACAAUCAGCAAGCCUACGACGAUCUGAUGCGCAAUGUCCGGGCCGAUCCACGGGCAAAGAUACCCUACGUAAAGGACCUCCCGCCAGGCGUGCCUCAGCCAUCUACGCGCGCCGCAAAUCGACCGCCAUUCUCCUUGCCCGAGCUAGGCAUCAAGAGGGACCGAAAAGGCAACGUGAUCAACGCGAAAGAUCCCAAUGGCAAGGAAGCGGCAAAGUGGGGUUCCGCAAAGCAUUUCCUCGCCACGACUACGCUCAUCGCAGGUGCUUCCGGCCUUUAUCUGGGAGUGCAUGCUGUGAUCAACGCAUCGCACAUCCCCAAAGCGUCAAAUAAUUCGUUGUACGCUGUCCCAAAGGGAACUCCUUCGCACCCUCGGUGAAAUCAGGAUCGUGCCUCUGGCAAUGCGAUGCAUGUGCGGUGUUCGUGGGAAUCGGUCUGCACGAAGCAAGCAGAAGAUGACUGUAGCAUUGAUGUGCUCCAAAAAAAAUAAAGGUGACUGGGAUCCUGUAGAGAC